AUGAAGGCUGUUCGUAAUCUGCUGAUUUAUAUAUUUUCCACCUAUUUCCUGGUUAUGUUUGGAUUUAAUGCUGCCCAAGACUUCUGGUGUUCCACGUUGGUGAAGGGAGUCAUUUAUGGAUCGUAUUCCGUAAGUGAAAUGUUUCCAAAAAACUUUACAAACUGCACUUGGACGCUGGAAAACCCAGAUCCAACCAAAUAUAGUAUUUACCUGAAAUUUUCCAAAAAGGACUUCAGCUGCUCUAACUUUUCUCUCUUGGCUUAUCAGUUUGAUCAUUUUUCCCAUGAAAAAAUAAAGGAUCUUUUAAAAAAUAACCAUUCUAUAAUGCAACUCUGCGAUUCCAAGAAUGCUUUUGUAUUUCUACAGUAUGAUAAAAAUUUUAUUCAAAUACGUCGGGUAUAUCCAAUCGAAUUUCCAGGAUUACAGAAAAAAGUGGAUGAAGAUGAAAAAUCUUUUUUUGAAUUUUUGGUUUUGAACAAGGUGAGCCCAAGCCAGUUUGGUUGCCAUGUAUUAUGCACUUGGCUGGAGAGCUGCAUAAAAUCUGAAAACGGGAGAACGGAGUCCUGUGGGAUCAUGUACACAAAAUGCACCUGUCCUCAGCAUUUGGGGGAAUGGGGAAUAGAUGACCAGUCCCUGAUGUUGUUAAAUAAUGUGGUGCUUCCCCUCAAUGAGCAGACGGAGGGCUGCCUAACCCAGGAGCUGCAAACUACCCAGGUCUGCAAUCUUACCAGGGAAGCGAAGCGCCCACCAAAAGAAGAAUUUGGAAUGAUGGGAGAUCAUACAAUUAAAAGUCAGCGACCUCGAUCUGUUCAUGAGAAAAGGGUCCCUCAGGAACAAGCUGAUGCUGCUAAAUUUAUGGCACAAACUGGUGAAUCUGGUGUGGAAGAGUGGUCCCAGUGGAGUUCAUGCUCAGUUACUUGUGGUCAAGGGUCGCAGGUGCGAACCAGAGCUUGUGUAUCACCUUAUGGGACACACUGCAGCGGCCCGUUAAGAGAAUCAAGGGUUUGCAAUAACACUGCCCUCUGUCCAGUACAUGGAGUUUGGGAGGAGUGGUCACCCUGGAGUUUGUGUUCAUUUACAUGUGGUCGAGGCCAAAGAACUAGGACACGAUCAUGUAUACCUCCCCAGUAUGGGGGAAGACCAUGUGAGGGACCUGAAACUCAUCAUAAACCUUGUAAUAUUGCUCUUUGCCCAGUUGAUGGACAAUGGCAGGAGUGGAGUUCCUGGAGUCAGUGUUCGGUGACAUGCUCCAAUGGCACACAGCAAAGAAGCCGACAGUGUACUGCAGCUGCCCAUGGUGGCUCUGAAUGCAGAGGUCCCUGGGCAGAGAGCAGAGAAUGUUAUAACCCAGACUGUACAGCAAAUGGCCAGUGGAAUCAAUGGGGUCACUGGAGUGGAUGCUCCAAGUCAUGUGAUGGUGGAUGGGAAAGGAGAAUAAGGAUCUGCCAAGGUGCAGCAGUAACAGGACAACAAUGUGAAGGAACAGGUGAAGAGGUCAGAAGAUGCAGUGAGCAAAGAUGCCCUGCACCUUAUGAAAUAUGCCCAGAGGAUAAUCUAAUGUCGAUGGUGUGGAAAAGGACUCCAGCAGGAGAAAUGGCAUUCAACCGAUGUCCUCUGAAUGCCACAGGCACCACUAGCAGACGCUGCUCUCUCAGUCUUCAUGGAGUGGCCUUCUGGGAACAGCCAAGCUUUGCAAGAUGCAUAUCAAAUGAAUACAGACACUUGCAGCAUUCAAUUAAAGAGCACCUUGCCAAAGGUCAGAGAAUGUUGGCAGGUGAUGGGAUGUCCCAGGUGACCAAGACCCUGUUGGAUUUAACUCAGAGGAAAAAUUUUUAUGCAGGAGACCUUCUAAUAUCAGUGGAAAUUCUACGAAAUGUGACAGAUACAUUUAAAAGGGCAAGCUACAUUCCUGCAUCUGAUGGCGUACAGAACUUCUUUCAAAUAGUUAGCAACCUUCUAGAUGAAGAAAACAAGGAAAAAUGGGAAGAUGCACAACAGAUCUACCCAGGCUCCAUAGAAUUAAUGCAGGUGAUUGAAGAUUUUAUACACAUUGUUGGAAUGGGGAUGAUGGACUUUCAGAAUUCAUAUCUAAUGACUGGAAAUGUAGUGGCUAGUAUUCAGAAGCUUCCUGCAGCUUCUGUUUUAACAGACAUCAAUUUCCCAAUGAAAGGAAGGAAAGGAAUGGUCGACUGGGCAAGAAACUCAGAAGACAGGGUAGUUAUUCCUAAAAAUAUCUUCACACCAAUGUCUUCAAGAGAAUUAGAUGAAUCUUCUGUGUUUGUCCUUGGAGCAGUUCUAUAUAAAAAUUUAGAUCUUAUUUUGCCUACUUUGAGAAAUUUUACUGUCGUUAAUUCCAAAAUUAUCGUGGUGACAAUAAGGCCUGAACCCAAAACAACAGAUGCUUUUCUGGAGAUAGAAUUAGCACAUUUGGCUAAUGGUACUUUGAAUCCUUAUUGUGUGCUGUGGGAUGACUCAAAAACGAACGAGUCUUUGGGAACCUGGUCCACCCAGGGAUGUAAAACUGUGCUUACCGAUGCAUCCCAUACGAAAUGCUUAUGUGAUCGUCUCUCCACCUUCGCCAUUUUGGCUCAGCAACCUAGAGAAAUAAUCAUGGAAUCAUCUGGGGCACCUUCCGUAACACUCAUAGUAGGCAGUGGUCUGUCUUGCUUGGCCUUGAUCACUCUAGCAGUUGUCUAUGCAGCACUAUGGAGGUAUAUCCGAUCUGAGAGGUCAAUAAUCUUAAUUAACUUCUGCUUAUCUAUCAUCUCAUCAAAUAUCCUUAUACUGGUUGGACAAACUCAGACACAUAAUAAGGGCAUUUGUACCACGACUACUGCAUUUUUGCACUUCUUCUUCCUAGCUUCAUUCUGUUGGGUACUGACAGAAGCGUGGCAGUCAUACAUGGCUGUAACAGGAAAAAUUAGAACUCGACUCAUAAGGAAGCGCUUCUUGUGCCUUGGAUGGGGUUUACCAGCAUUAGUAGUGGCCAUUUCAGUAGGCUUCACCAGGACGAAAGGAUAUGGCACUGAUCACUACUGCUGGCUAUCUCUUGAAGGAGGGCUACUCUAUGCUUUUGUUGGGCCUGCUGCUGCUGUUGUCCUGGUCAACAUGGUGAUUGGCAUUUUGGUAUUUAAUAAACUUGUUUCCAGAGACGGGAUCCUAGAUAAAAAGCUCAAACACAGAGCCGGUCAGAUGAGUGAGCCUCAUAGCGGUUUGACGCUCAAAUGUGCCAAGUGUGGAGUAGUUUCAACAACAGCUUUGUCAGCCACCACCGCCAGUAAUGCCAUGGCAUCUCUUUGGAGCUCCUGUGUAGUGUUGCCUCUCCUGGCUCUGACAUGGAUGUCUGCCGUUCUGGCCAUGACAGACAAAAGAUCUAUCCUCUUUCAGAUACUUUUUGCAGUAUUUGAUUCAUUGCAAGGUUUUGUUAUUGUCAUGGUCCACUGCAUUCUUCGAAGAGAGGUUCAAGAUGCAUUUAGAUGUCGGCUAAGAAACUGCCAAGAUCCAAUCAAUGCAGACUCCUCAAGUUCUUUCCCUAAUGGACAUGCCCAAAUCAUGACAGAUUUUGAAAAGGAUGUGGACAUUGCUUGCCGUUCAGUUCUUCAUAAGGAUAUUGGGCCUUGCCGGGCAGCUACAAUAACAGGAACACUAUCUCGGAUUUCUCUGAAUGAUGAUGAAGAAGAAAAGGCAACAAAUCCCGAGGGCCUGAGCUAUUCAACUUUGCCUGGGAACAUCAUUUCCAAAGUCAUCAUCCAGCAGCCCACAGGUCUGCAUAUGCCAAUGAGCAUGAAUGAGUUGGCUAAUCAGUGUCUGAAAAAAGAUAACAGUGAGUUACGGCGAACUGUGUACUUAUGCACUGAUGAUAAUUUGAGAGGGGCAGAUAUGGACAUAGUACAUCCUCAAGAAAGAAUGAUGGAAAGUGACUAUAUAGUGAUGCCCAGAAGCUCUGUCAAUGCCCAAUCAGCAUUGAAAGAGGAGAGUAAACUGAAUAUUGGCAUGGAAACCUUGCCUCAUGAAAGGCUGUUGCACUACAAAGUCAAUCCUGAAUUUAACAUGAAUCCUCCUGUCAUGGACCAGUUUAGUAUGAAUUUAGAUCAGCACCUUGCACCCCAGGAGCAUAUGCAGAAUUUGCCAUUUGAGCCUCGUACUGCUGUAAAGAACUUCAUGGCCUCUGAGCUGGAUGACAAUGCAGGACUAGCAAGAAGCGAAACUGGGUCAACGAUAUCCAUGAGCUCCUUAGAGAGAAGAAAAUCACGAUAUUCGGACCUUGACUUUGAAAAGGUCAUGCAUACUAGGAAGAGACAUAUGGAACUAUUUCAGGAACUAAAUCAGAAAUUUCAGACUUUGGACAGAUUUCGGGACAUACCAAAUACAAGCAGUAUGGAAAACCCAGCACCAAACAAGAGCCCAUGGGACACUUUCAAAAACCCUAGUGAAUAUCAACAUUACACCACAAUAAAUGUUUUAGACACAGAGGCAAAAGAUGCUUUGGAACUAAGACCAGCAGAAUGGGAGAAGUGUCUGAAUUUGCCUCUCGAUGUGCAGGAAGGAGACUUUCAAACAGAGGUGUAA